GUCUGUUACAUAUUAAUAUUACCAGAAUCUUCCUGCCAUAAACAAAACACUAUAUAAGACAUUCUCAGACAGGAAUGAGAUAUUAAUCCAUAAGGGAUUUCUAAUUGAUUUAAGAAAUAAAAAUAAAAGUCGUUUACAAAAUGAUUUGGUUCUGGUUAACAUUGGCAGUCAUAAUUGUGGGCAUUGCUACUGUAGUAGACUUUUCUACUGAAAGUAAAAGCGAGCUGCUUAAAGAACGGGUUUUAUUCAUAUUUGCACAUCCAGACGAUGAAAGCAUGUUCUUCGGACCUACUUUGGAAUAUCUUAGCAAACAUCGAAAUGUGCAAGUGCAUCUCUUAUGCUUGUCCAACGGAAAUGCUGACGGCCUUGGAAAUCUUCGACAAACGGAACUUGUUAAUGCAGCUUCGCAAUUUCAAAUUCCAAAAAGCAACAUUAAGAUUCUAUCUGACAAACGACUACGGGACGGCAUGUACGAACGCUGGGAUCCCAUUGUAAUUGGCAAACAUGUUUACGACUACAUGAUAGAUAAAAAUAUCAGGUUGGCUAUUACGUUUGACAAAGAUGGCAUUUCAGGUCAUCCAAAUCACAAAGCCUGCUUUUACGGCGCUCUAAAUGCUUCCAAAAUGAUCGUGGAUAUGCAGCUCUUCACUUUAAAGUCGGUGGGAUUUUUGAAAAAAUAUCUCUAUUGGCUCGAUUGUUGUCGAAUGGUCAUUGCUAAGCUUCUCUUUAGCAAACAAAAGUACAUUACUAUUGAAGCUCAAAGGCAAUCCAUACGGACCAUCCGCAAUGCCAUGAUUGAAGGCCACCGUAGUCAAAUGGUAUGGUUUCGCUAUGGAUGGAUAUACCUGUCCCGUUACAUGUUCCUGAACACCCUUGAACAGGUUCUCUCAUGAGCAGCAUAAAAAGGAAAAGUUAACAUCCAAAUGACUUACAAGGCCAUUGCAAAACGCGAGCGCGACAAAAAAUACCUAUGAAUUGGUUUGUCAAUAACUAUCUCCUAAUACUAGCAACUAUAUUAAUGAAUGAUACGUAUAAUAACUUUUACAACCACUGGAACGAUUAUGUAUGCUUCAAUGAAUUUAUU